GUUUUUUUCCGUCAACAGGGAAGCGGCGUUUAAUUUCCUGUACAAAAUUUUUACAUCUUGACAAAAUGUCUUUUUUUCUUCAAAGUUGAAGAUCAGAAGUGACGGUUUUGUGUGAUUGCCUCAGAUGUGAUAGCUAAAUGGACGACACCAACCCGUCUUGCUAUAUUCGUCCCGUGCCUAAGAAAGCUUCCAAAGUCCUUCGCCCGCGGUCCGGUUUAGUGGCCGGUUUAAAGCGCUUUACUCUAUGCCACAUUUUGCUCUUCAUUUCUUUUUUUGUCUCCGGCGUCAUUGUCAACAUUUGUCAACUUCUUCUUUGGCUCACUCUUCGGCCGCUUAGUUUGGACACUUUUAGGAUCGUCAACAAGCAUCUAAACUAUGCUGUGUGGAGCCAAGUUGCAUUCAUAAUCGAAUGGUGGUCCGACACGACAAUCAUCUUGGAAUCACAGCAAUGGGUGCACGAUAUUGUUGGUCACAGAAAAGGUUUGAUCAUGAUGAAUCAUUCUUACGAGAUCGAUGGCCAGGUUGCGUGGGCCAUUGCGGACAACUACAGCUUGCUUGGGAAUGCUAAGGUGCUAGCUAAGAAAGAGCUUUUGUUCGUACCCAUUAUCGGGUGGACGUGGUUUUUUGCUGAGAUCUUCUUCAUGGAGCGUGAUUGGUCGAGAGAUCGUGCGGUGCUGGAUGAUCACAUUGAGUCUGUUUGUAACUGGCCUGAACCGUUCUGGUUGUUGCUAUAUCCGGAAGGAACACGAUUCACACCCUCUAAACAUGCCGCCUCCUUGGAAUUUGCUCGCUCAAAAGAUCUGCCAAUUUUGGAGAAUUUAUUGAUGCCCAGAACGAAAGGAUUCGUGUUUCUUCGCCAACGAAUAAGCAGACAAGUUAAAGAUAUUUAUGACAUCCUCAUGGUGUUUGACGAAGAGUCUUCCGGACGGCGUGUAAAUCUAUCCUCCGUCCUCCGCGGAGAGCCUUCCAUUUGUCGGGUCUUCAUGAAGCACUAUUGCAUUGAUGAUGUUCCCAUGGAAGAAGAAGGUGCUAAAAACUGGCUCCUGGAUCGCUUCAAGGAAAAGGACGAACUGUUUUCAUACUUCAGGAAGCACGGACGGUUUCUUCCCGAAGAAGAAAAGAAAAAGCAGGGCAUUGUGGAAGUGAAGAUGGAGCCAACUUGGUCUUCGCUUCUCAUAACGAUUACUGCCUUUGCCUUGGUUCACUCCUACAUAGGUAGAGCCCUGUAUACUAGCCUCCUCGGUGGAUCGUACGUUUUGCCGGGGAUUUUUGUUGGAGUGAUCUUCGUCGAAGUUACGUUUUUGAUCGAGUGGUGGAGCGGAACUAUAGUGAGGUUGCAUGGAGACAAAAUACUUCACGACUCCGUCGGUAAAGAGCGAGCUUUCAUCCUCAUGAAUCACACGUAUGAGAUCGACGGUAUAAUGUCGUGGGUCGUGUGUGAUCAUGUGACGAUCUUGGGAAAUGCCAAAGUUCUGGCCAAAAAAGCUCUGAAGUUUGCGCCAAUCAUUGGCUGGACGUGGUAUUUUGCGGAAGUCUUGUUCCUCGAACGUGACUGGAAUCGGGAUCAAGUAGUUCUCGAGCGACAAUUCAGUACCUUGUUGGAAUGGCCAGAUCCUUUUUGGGACAAGAUAAAAGUCAUUUACAACGUUCAGCUUGGAUUUGAUAGUUCCUGUCGUGAUAAAAUAUCCUUGUCGACUUUGCUGAAAGGAGAACCUUUACUCUGUGAUCUUUUCAUGGAGCGCUUGGAAGUGAAGGAUAUCCCGACCUCCGAUGAAGGAAUCAACCAGUGGAUGAUAGACCUCUUCAAACGGAAGGAUGAAAUGUUUGAUCACUACAUGCGAACAAACGAGUUCUUCCCACCCGAGGAGAAAGCGAAACGCGGAGUUUUCGUGAGGCCUCUGGGAAAGCGGAUUUGGCCGUUCGUCAACGUCAGCAUUUGGCUUAUAAUUGUGCACGGUUAUAUUCUAAAAGCAAUCUUAUCCAGCAUUCUGACCGGAUCUUACAUGAUGCCUUCGGUCUUCAUUGCUGUUAUUGCAUUUGCGAUUUUUCCCACUCCGUCGGAUGAUAAAGGCGGCUGCGGGUUUGACUGCCACCGGCGGGUUUCGCGUGUCCGCUACAAUUUGCUCUCCACUUAUUCGGGAAUCAAGCAUUCGAUUCGGGUUGUUGGCGGGAAAAUGCCGCCGAAGCGGACUCAGCAGCAUCGGAGUCGAUCGGGUGGUUCUGCGGGCAAAGCAUUCAAAACUAAACGAAGGAAGAGAGAUUUGGAUGAGAUCGACGAGGAUCUCAAGCCCAGCAAGGCAAAGCAACUCCGGAAUAUGCCCGUAGAUGACGACCUACCUGGAGGUGGACAGCACUACUGCGUUCACUGCGCGCGGCAUUUUGUGGACGAGUUCACAUUGCAGCACCACUUGCGAUCCAAGGUGCACAAGCGUCGGAUGAAAGCUUUGGAAAUUGAGCCGUACUCGAUUGCAGAAUCUGAGCGGGCUGGAGGACUAGGCUCGUACGUUGCCCCUGCGAAACGCAAGAUGAGCAACGAACUGUACGAAUCCAACGCAAUAAAAGAAAAAAUGCCUGCCGAAGGCUUCUUUGGUUUCGGCGGAAAUGUUUCGAUUAAACCGGAAACACCUGUCGCGAAACCACCAGUAAUAGUCGAGCAAGGUCUGAAGAAGGGUAUAUUUUUAGUAUUUGAAGGUUCAAAUUACCUUCGCCUUCGUUUGGUCUUGUCUACGCUGACGACGAAACCCGUUCAAAUCAAGGAAAUCAGAGUCGGCGAUGACAGUCCGGGUUUGCGGCCUUACGAAGCCAACUUCUUACGACUCCUGGAUAAGAUCACGAAUGGCAGCAAGUUGGAGAUAAGUGAAACGGGUACGUCCCUGAUGUUCAAGCCUGGUGUUCUCAUAGGAGGCUCGUUUGAUCACGAUUGCAACAAUCAACGGGGAAUUUCAUAUUAUCUCGAGCCCCUGCUUAUCCUUGCGCCUUUCGCGAAAAAGCCGAUGAAGAUUCGCUUUACUGGAGUCGUGAGCAACCAGAUCGACGUUUCAGUUGAUACCCUGAAGAAGUGCAGUUUACCUGUCAUGAGCCGAUUUUUACCAGACGACGAAGAUCUUUCUAUCAGCUUCGUUGCGCGAGGAGUGCCGCCCUUGGGCGGUGGAGAAAUCGUGUUCAGCUGUCCUGUUUGCCGGGCCUUGAAGCCUGUUCAGAUAAAGGAUCAAGGAAAGGUUAAAAGAGUUCGUGGAGUCGCGUACGCGUUGCGGGUUUCACCUGCUCUCGCUAAUCGCGUAGUUGAUGUUGCCAAAGGCGAACUUCUCAAAUUUUUACCCGACGUAUACAUUAAUACGGAUCACUCUCGUGGGCCCAAAUCUGGGAAGUCACCAGGAUUUGGCGUUCAUCUCGUUGCCGAAUCGACGACGGGCUGUUUCUGGGCUGCUGAGGCGAUAUCUAGAAGCCGAGCACCGCGUCGAGAAGAUGAAGAAACCGACAGUUCGACUGUUUCAGUGCCGGAGGAUGUUGGAAGACAAGCUGCAUAUAAUUUGCUUGAGGAAAUUUACCGCGGAGGCUGUGUUGACUCUUCGACUCAAAGCUUGGCAUUUCUCAUGAUGGCUUUGGGGCCCCCUGAUGUUUCGAAAAUCGUCACGGGCCCGUUGUCUGCCUACAGGUUCGUUCUGCAUAUCAACUCGUGCCCGCAAAUGUCCAAGUUUCGUGUCGAGUGCCUACGCUUGAUCAAAAAAUUCCUCGGAGUCACGUUCAAAUUGGAAGCGUAUGACGCAGCUGCUGGAGUUGUGGAUGCAAAAAAAGACGACGAAGAAGACGGCCUUCAGAUGGGUGCUGUUAAACGAACGUGGCUUCGUCUUUGUCACGGAAUGUUCGUCGCGCUGACCGUACGUCGCGAUGUUUUCGUGUACAUGUGGUCUAUGAUCGUCGUUUUUGUGACGUUCGCCGUGCUCGACUCGUUCAUUCCUUUUGCCUCGGACGAGCUGUACUACUGCGGG